AUGGAAAUUCAAAACACUGAAGAAGAGGAGGCACUUAUAAACAUUUUAUAUGAAAAACUACAAGAGCACAUCUCAGACUCUAUUUCAUUUAAAAAAGCAAGGCAUUUUCUUCACAAAAAACACAACUUAUCACUCUCGUCAGUUGAAAGUAUUUUUACAUUCAAUAAUCAUCCUCAGGAUAUUCAUAUAAGUCUUGAAAAUUUUUCAAGGAAUUUUAUUGGCUAUUUCAAAAGCAUUAAUGUCAAGCUCGCCUUAGCAAAGGAAGAAUAUCAAGAGAAAAAAGAAGUUUUUAACGCAGGAAUAGAGCCAAUAAGAUUAGCUAAAGAAAAUAUUGAAAUUAACCAAUAUGGGAUUAUGAAAGGAAGUGUACUUAAUAUAGUUGUUAUUAGUGCAACAGUUAAGAGAACUCCUUAUGCAAACCCUUUUGUUAUAUUAAAAUGUGAGAUGGAUAGUUUUGUUACAACUCAAGUGAUGUAUAAUAGCAGCCCAGAGUGAAGUCAAAGCUUUAGUACAGAAAUAGAGCAUGGGAUGCAAGAUGUGGUCUGUACCGUAAUGCAUUAUGAUCCAGAUGGCAGUCAUGAGCUGAUAGGUGUUACUCAUAUUUCAAUGGAAAAUCUGAGAGACCAAGAGUACAAAGAAAUAGAAUUUCCUAUAUUUUUGCAUAAGGAGAAUGAAGAAACAGCAGGAUCUUUGAAGCUUGGACUCCAAUGAAUAUGGGACGCUACGAAAUAUUAUGAGUCUUUAAGUAUAAAAUGGAAAGAUGAAACUGAUAAAUUUCACACAGAAACUCUACUGCUAGAGAAUGAGCUAAAAGCAAUCCAAAACUUCAUAAAUGUUUUGUAG